GCAGAAAGCACUUAUUUAAAUCUCUCUGCCUUUUAUCAUCGUAUGAAAUCACUUAAGUUCUUGGAUGUUGGAUGAAUCCGGCGGUUGGUUCGGUUUCUUAUAUAAUUAAUUACACAACUGCACUCUGUACCCUGUGCUCUGUGCACAAACUCACGAAAACUGGAUAACAUCGAGUCAAGAGUAAACCUUUUAUUAUGAAAACUCUUAUUCGAACAAUAUAACAUAUUUUGCGUUCUUGGAACGUACACUGUAGAUUGGAAGGAAUUAGUGUUAUUUUUUUAUGACUAAUCAUUUUCAAGAAUAUUGCGAUCCAGUGAAAAUUCCAACUUAUGUGCAUUUGAAUGCUGAAUUCUGUACGAUAAUACGGCCUUGAAUAUAAUUUUAGAUAAAUAAUUUAACAGCACGUGUGGAUCAUUGUUUAUCAGCUAUCGCAUGAGCCUGCAUCAGUUACACGAAUUAAAAGUUUGAAUUGAUUACGAGUUGGAAAAUUACUCAUUUGAUGCAAAUAAUAUUUUACAAUUGGUUCGAUUUUAUAUAAUUGACGUAUUAGAUUGCGUAACUCAGAAGGGCGAUUUCAUCCCUUAUGGAGGCCCUCGAGAGCCGGUACGAACCUGAGAAGAACUUCAAAGUACUUUUCUCCGUAAGAAAAUACAUUUCUCUCUGAAGGCGAUAUAUUGGUCACGUAAGUGCGAGAAAAAUAGUUGAAAUACGGUUUUGCAUUGUUCCGAAGAAGCUCAAAAAAUUCAGGAACAAGCUACAUUUGAUUUGGUUUUUUGUCAAGGGGACGUUAUAUAAUUUUUUUCGAAAAUUGAACCGUAAUAAUAGAGUCUUUCGAUCUAGAUAUAAAUUCAUGUAACGUACUUUAUUCUAAGCAGACUUUAUUCUAUAAUAUUGCAAAAGCGUGAAAUUAGCCAAAACCGUUUUCAGAAGUAAAUAAUUUUUACUUCCUGAAAAUCAAACUUCAACAGCUCCAGAACUUUAUAAAUUAAUCAAACAGGAAUAUCUGUACGGAUAAAAUCAAUGCCACGUCAACGCGUUCGUAUUAAUUCGAGAAUAUUCUGAAUAGUGUCAAAGAAUAUUUCCUUUCUGAUAAUAUCACAAGCGAUUAUUUUAACCGAUUAAAAUAUUUUCUGCCAAGUUUUUACGAUAGUUAGUGCGAUAAUGGCCAACGUCCUUCUGCAAAACAUUUGUCAUAUCGGCACGUUUAACAUCAUUUUAUCGAUUUUAUUAGUUUCACAAUUAAGAAAAUAAUUUGGUCCAAUUUUGUCCGAGCCGCAAGUAUUAAUCACACGUCAAUACGUAAAUUCUGAUUUUGUAAAGCUGUUUAGCCAAAACCAUUUUCAGAAGUAAAUGAUUUUCUACAGAGUUCCAGAGCUUUCCAAAUUAAUCGACCAGGAAUAUAUAUGUUUAGGUAAAAUGAAUGCCAUGUCGACAAGUUCCUAUUACUUCGAGAACAUUCUGAAUAAUCUCAAAGAAAAUUAUUUCUUUUCUGCCAAUAUUGCGAGUGGCUGUUCCAUCACCCGAUUAAUAUAUUUUCUACGAAGUCUUUACGAUAGGUAGCGUGAUACUGACCAAGGUCCUUAUUCAAAAGAAUCGUCAUAUCGGCUUGCUUAACAUCACUUAUCAUGGUUCUUUGUUUUCCAGCUUAUUGUUGGCUGGAGUUCUUGGAUUUUACUGAUUUUAUUGGUUCAUAUAUUUUAAGUGUGUCCGUAUGCUAAGACACGUCCAUGUUUGCUAAUGUUUUUUAAAUUUCCUCAUUUCCUUUUUUAAAAAAAGCAACACUCGAAUGUUCGGUUUUCAACACGUUUAUUUAUAUCUCGAGAGUCGAAUUAUUGCUUUAUUCGAUAUAUUUCACUAUAAAACAUUUUUAUUCAUUAAAAAAAUGAUACCUAAUAAACAAACUUAUUUUUUACAGAAUUUUGGAUCGCAAUCGGUUUUUCCACUUUUUGGAAGUACGCUCCAUCUUAGGCCAUAAUUCUAUUCUCAUUUUUCGGUAGAUAAUCCGAAAAUAAAGUCCGUAUAUUUCUAAUCCGAAAUUCGUCCGUAUCAAUUACGGAUAGCGCGAUGGGUUCGGGAAAAUUUACUUACACUAAAUGUUUGCAUAUCUCACAACUCAGAUAAAAAAACAACGGAAAGGACAGAACGGAACGAGACAUAAAGGAGAAGAGCUGACUGUCGAACAUGGCUGCAGUUGAACCAACCAGCAUCUAACAGAUUUCUAGAAAUCUGCUAAAGGUGAUGAAAACAGUUUUUUUUCUACUUUGUGUGCUAUUUUAGUCAUCGUCGAAAGAAGAGACCAAAAGGGCACAAUCUGUGAAUUGACAUAAUUAUCGAAACGAAAAAAAGACAUUUUGUUGUUGUUCAUAUUUCGGAAUUUAAUGACAUACAAUUAAGAAAAUAACAUUUGUUCAAUGAUCACGUGAUUUUGAUCAAUAUUUUUUAUCAUCAUUAUGUAAUUAUUAUUAAGUAUGUAAUUUCAUAAACUCUUGAAAAAUUAUUUGCGUGAGGUAAAAAAAACGACGCAGUAGAGAAUGUUGCCGUUGCGCGUCGGCGUUUUGGGCUCUCACUCUUUUUAUAUUUUGUCGAUCUCGAAACUACUUUGAUUCAUUUAAUUCAGUGGUUGUUGUUUUCGGAAUAGUUAAAAGUGAGAUUGGAAAAAUUCAUAAACUUGAGAAAAAGUUCAAUCAAAGUGUACUAAUGAAACAAACAAAUUAUUUUCCUAAAUGAAUUUUAUUCUGGUUGUAAUUUUAACCUUUACGUUUUGCCAAAUCAUCGCAUAACAGUUUUCUCAAUCAUCAGAUUCCACACACUUCACAUGUCUUCCAUUCACAAAGAAAAUGUCCUGAUCCAGCUCGCAAGUGUAAACAACGCAACGUAGAUGAAGUCAAUAAGCUGAAACUGCGGAAUAACUUACCGGCUGAGUGUUGGUCUCUUCGGAUAUUUUUCUUGAGAUUCGAAGAUACGAUUACCUCGAAACCUGCUACGAAUGCAGUCGGUAAAGUAUGGGCGUUUCUUCUCAUCUUCAGAACAAUUGAGACACAAAUUUCGACAGCAUUUGAGUUCUUUUUCAAGGGGUUGACAAAACUGCAAAUUCGAUCGUGAUUUACUCGAACGUUCUUGAUACUUUGAGAAAAAUUUCCGUCUACAUUUCAGUGAUCGGUCCCCACUCAAACAACUAAUGAAUCAUUUAAAAAAAAGUAUUUUAGGUCUGUCAAAAUACUGCAGAGUUUUACCUCAAAAUAAAGAAGUUUGUAGGAUUAUUGACUCUGAUAGCAAAGACGAUUUUUCGUAGCUACUUUACCUCAGAGGUAUUUCCCCAAUAGAUUUAUAACAAAACAACUUGAGAUCGUAAAAAAAUUAACAAAAAAAGUCUUGAUUACUUUGUUAUAGACGAAAAAAUAAAACUACAAGAAACCAGCACGUCGUAGAAAUGGCUUAUGCGUGCAUGAAGCUUUAAGUAGUCUCAGAGUGAAGUUUGCUACCCUGGCCAUGAUCUGAUAAUAAUUAUGUCUCAUGCUUCGUUCUCGAGAUCACUUUGUAGUACCGCUAGUAUACGCUGGCGUCACCACACAUUUUAGCUAAAAUAACUGAAAGAAAAAAAAUAUUUGAAAGCUGUAUACUGAUGCUCUUUUACCUCGAUCUUCUUCUUCAUAACGCUUUGUGUGUGCGGCGUAUACACCACGUAUUUCUUUUUCUUUCUUAUUCAUUGAAUAAAGGUGAUAGUUCUUUUCUUUUACAGUUUAUCUUCUAUCAAAUUAACCAUAUUUGAUUUGAGAAUGAGCAAAAGGAGGUGUGAUCUCGACAAGGCAGAAGCCUAUCGAGAUAAAAUAUUAAAAUAUAAAAGAUUAUUGAAUGACACAGUUGAAAGCGAUGAUCAAGAUGGCCUUUCAGAUGACUCAGACACUAACGCUCAGGCAAUUGACGAACCGAUAACCGACGAGAACGAUCGGAAUAUACCAAAUGUUCAAAAUGUGGUGAACGAGUCUGAAGAGACGUUGAAUGGUGAGGCUAACGCUCCCAUUCUGAGCGAAAAAGCCCGAGAACUCCUGAGAGUUGAGAAGCGUCGUCAAAAAGAUAAAGCUUUCGUUCUCCAUAAUGAGUUAGCAGAUUGUUGGAAAGAAAUUAUAUUGUCGGGCAUGGAAUCGACCGUCAAAAAAUCCAUGGAAGAAAAAUACCCUACUAAGGGAAAUUGUCCUUUGAAAGCACCGGAAUUGAAUGCGGAGCUCAUUCCGUUACUUCACAAAACGGCCAAGAAUCGAGACAAAUAUUUAAUAGCAAAUCAGGAGAUGUCUGGAAGAGGUUUGGUUGCACUUGGAAAUGCGAUUGGUGCAAUUUUUAAUGAUGAAAAUGAGCCUGUUGAUAAAGAUCAACUCCUUGAGUGGCUCUGUGACGCGAGCUCCAUGUUUUGCGAUGUGAAUCAUCAAUUAUCUAAAACAAGAAAACAUCAGAUAUAUCAGCAUGUGGACGAGAAACGUAAAGUCAUAUUGGAACAAUCAGAAACGGAUUCUUUUCUUUUUGGAGAAGAUUUAGGCAAAAGAAUUAAAACAGCGACGGCGGCAGAGAAAGUGGGUCUCUAUUAAAACUCAGGCAGAGAAGAAACAGUCAUAUGUUCGUCAGACGUUAAACUGGAAAGGCUCGUCAGCAUAUCGAAGCGGCCACCGCCAGAUGAGCCAAUUCAACAAAACAGGGCCGAGAACAACUCAGAAUUUUCGAUUUCCGAAUUCGACGUAUCGGAACACAGGCAGACAACAAAAUCGAACAAAACCGUCGAACAACACGGAGAAGCAGAAGUAAUUCCCUUCGCAGGAUGUCUACGCUACUUUUCACAGGCUUGGUCGAAAAUUACUAACGAUAAGUUUGUUUUAUCUACGAUAAAUGGAUACGAAAUACCUUUCUUAAAAGACCCCAUUCAAACUUCAGAACCUAAUGUACGUACAGAUAUUGAUCUUGUUUUAAUGCAAAAAGCCUUAAAAAAUGUUUUAGAUAUUGGGGCUGUUAGAAAAUGCAAGGAGAGCAAGGGUCAUUUCAUCUCGGGUAUAUUUUUAGUUCCCAAAAGUAACGGGGAAAUGAGAUUCAUAUUGAAUUUAAAAAAAUUAAACGAAUUUAUUGAGCCGAUUCACUUUAAGAUGGAGGAUAUACGUACAGCCGUGAGAUUGAUGUCUGAACGUAGCUUCAUGUCAAAUAUAACGAGUUAAGUAUUUGGCCUUAAAAAAGUACGGAGGAGAUUAUCAGGCUGAUAUGUUGGUUCCGGAGUUGGUAAAAAAGGAUCUUGAGUGGUGGCGAGAGAAAAUUCUCAUCACGAAAAACCCCAUCCGCAAAUCUAUAUACAAAAUAUCGAUAUUCUCGGAUGCCUCUUUAUCCGGAUGGGGAGCAUAUUGCAACGGCGAAGUAGUAUAUGGUCAUUGGUCGUCAGACGAGAAAUUGUUACACAUAAAUCAGCUUGAAUUAAUGGCGGCCUUUCUCGGAUUAAAGGCUUUUGCAGAUCAUUACAAUGGUUGUUAAGUUUUGUUAAAAAUUGACAAUUCAACCGCAAUAGCGUACAUUAAUAAAAUGGGAGGAACUAAAUUCCCUGAAUUAAGUAAAAUAGCUUUUGAUAUAUGGUCAUGGUGUGAGAAAUGUCAAAUAUGGAUUUUUGCAACGUACAUACCGUCAAGAGAAAAUACGGAGGCGGACAUAGCCUCUGAAGUCGAAAGAGUUGAUAUAGAAUGGGAGCUUUCUUCUACAGCUUUCAGUGCUAUUACUAGAAGAUUUGGCGAUAUAGAAAUAGAUUUGUUUGCUUCUAGUAUUAAUACCAAAUGUGAGGUUGUUUUGUUCUUGGCAUAAAGACCCACGUGCAAGGUGCAUUGAUGCUUUUUCUUUUGACUGGGCCUCGAAAUAUUUUUACGCGUUUCCACCUUUUUCCUUAAUUCUAAGAACUUUAAAAAAGAUUCAAAAUGACCAAGCUUGUAGAAUUGUAGUAAUACCGGACUGGCGAGCACAGCCCUGGUACCCGUUAUGGCUAUCUUUACUUGAAAGCCCUCCUAUGAGAUUUCAACCUUCAAAAGAUUUAUUGCUUGGUUCUGACAGGAAGACACAACAUCCUUUAGCGGACAAAUUGGCCUUACUGGCAGGGAGGCUAUCAGGAAGGCGUAUCAACUACGUGAUAUAAGAGAGGGCACAAUCGAAUUGCUAUUAAAUUCCAUAUCAGGAAAGACGAUGAAUCAAUAUGAUAAACAUAUUGUGGAUUGGUUAGGCUGGUGUGAAAAGAAAAUGUAUAAUCCCUUUAACCCGGAAGUAUCAUGGAUACUGGAAUGGUUCACGGGAAAAUAUCAUCAGGGUGCAUCUUUUGGAACUCUGAAUACUUGCAGAGCAGCCGUCUCGUUUUUAUGUGGCGAGCAUAUCGGAAAGAGCUCAAUGAUUUCUAGAUUUCUUAGAGGAGUUGCCAAAGAAAGGCCAGUUAAACCAAAAUAUGACAGAAUUUACAGUCUAGAUCCAAUUAUUAAAAGAUUGGAAAUAAUUAAUCCUUUAGAAGAAUUAACAUUACAACAGCUAACGUCAAAAUUGGCAAUGCUAUUGGCUUUAGUCACAGCUCAUAGGAAACAAACGUUGAUUGCAAUUAAAAAGAGUAAUAUUUGUAGAGUAGAAAAAGGUUAUGAAAUUGAGAUUCCAUCAAGAAUAAAACUACAAGACCAGGUGCAUAUCAACCCCUAUUAUUGAUACCAAGAUUUAUAAAUAAACCUAACCUCUGUGUGGCUUCAACGUUGGAGAAAUAUUUGGAACGUACUUCGUCUCUAUUGGAAACAGAUAAUUUAUUUAUUACGACUAGAAAACCAUACAAGGCGGCCUCAAAGGAUACUUUGAGUCGUUGGUUAAGGGCAUUUUUGUCAGAAUGCGGCAUAAGUUCAAAAUAUGCACCUCAUAGCCUUAGGCACGCGGCUACGUCGUCAGCUCAAGCAAAAGGCAUAGAGGUCAAUGUAAUUAAAAAAUUAGCCGAAUGGUCUAAAACUUCGAAAGUAUUCGACACUUUCUACAAUCGUCCAAUUGUUCAAGAUAAUCCAGCAUUUGCUCAAGCAGUUCUUAGUUAAAAAAGGAAAAUAAGAAAAUGUAUGUUCUGUGUUUGUAAAUGUUAAACAAAUAAAAUGAGAUUAAUGUUUUGUA